AUGAACUCAGAAAGGGAAACGCAAACAGCCGCCGUAAAUGACGAUAGUAGGUUAAUAAUGGAUAUUUGUAUUAAAAAUGUCCCGUUUUGGAACACCUUAAGUUAUAAUGACAUGGAGUUAGAAAACAGCCAUAUGGCUUUUAAUAAUGACGUUUUCAUUUUAAAAUUAAAGUGUAAAAAUAAAAAUGACUUUCCUUUUAACACCCUAAUAGUGAAAAGGAGAACUCAAUUCAGUGAUUUGAUGUUUGAUUCUGAGUUUCAACAUCACAUAGCUGUACUCCUGGGUGAGAAUAACCUAGGACCACGUGUGAUUUGUAGAUGUUCAGACUAUACGAUUCAGGAAUAUGUGGAAGGAACCACUUUGAAGAACAGCUCAUUUCAGAAUUUAUCGGUUAUCACAAGUCUUGCCUCGACUUUGGCCAAAUUUCACAGGAAGGGUACUGAGAUAUCACUUCCUGAGUGGGAUAGAACACCCUUUGUUCUUAGACAUAUUAACAAGUGGACUGAACCGGUAGAACGUAUAAUUAAGAAACACAACUUGGAUUUCGAUUUUAACGAGUUACAAUCUUCGUUUGAACUGUACAAAACUUUACUAAACAAUCACAUCAAAACGUCAAACUCAGUAGCCAACUCUGUUCUGUUUUGUCAUAAUGAUUUAUUUUAUAAAAACAUUUUACAGUUUCAACAAGGAACAUUUUUGAUAGAUUUUGACUACUCGGGUUAUAAUUAUGUUGGAUGGGAUAUUGCCAAUUUUAUAUAUAGAAGUUGUUUUGUAUUCAAUUUGCCUGAGUAUCCUUACUUUUCUUACGACAAGACAUUGGAGCCAUCGGACGAAUUUAAAUCCAUUUUUGUUUCUAUUUAUUUAUCUGAACUUUUAAAUAAGAAUGUGUUACCAUCAGAGAAUGCAGUAAAGGAAUUCCUGGAUAGUGUGCAAGUACAUUUUCUCGGAGUUAAUAUAUUCUGGAUGUAUUGGAGUAUUGUCUUGUAA